AUGCCGAAAGUACCAUAUAAACCAGAAAAAUCGGGCGAAGAUGACGAGGAUUAUGAAAUCGUUUCAUUUGAAGACUUUUGUGAUAAAUCUCCUGGUUCUAAAACUGAUUUAUUGACUCUGAAUGAUAACAUUAACUAUCGUCUUUGUUAUGAGAACGAUAAAACUACGAAAUCGGCGGAACCCGAGGGUGAAAGUUCUCAGAGCGGAGACAGACAGACGGAGACCUCUCUAAACGGGCCCAAGAGUGUCACUUUUAAAAGGAAGUUAUCAAAUUCUUUUGCUCCAUUCGGAAGACAUAAUGCUAAAACAGGCAGGGCUCCGCUCUUCAGUGGUGUUAUACCCAAAUCAAGAAAUGAAGAAUCUACGUCUAGAGAACACAGAUACCAACGCUUCUCAGAGCGGCGAAAUAUCUGUCAACGUAUAUGGGACAUUCUCCCCGGGGUCGGGUCGGGAAUGUUGGGUGUGGCGCUAGUGUGCGCGUUGUGUGUUGGAGCGUGGUGGGUUGUAGGUGGCGCUGUUGGUGGUACUUGGGGAGAAGAACACUACAGAAAGCUAUGGGAACGGACUCACCCGGAUACAAUAAAAAAGCCACUGUCACCAUUGCCAUAUGAAAAGCAGUUACCUGAGUAUCGUUACCACGACCACAACAACUUGAGCACUAAGAACAAAAUAAACGGAACGACGGAAUCUCGCAAGAAGACAGAGCUUAACAAGAAGAAUGUGUACCCUAAUCGCACGGCUGAAUUCCUACAAGACAUGUGCUCUAAAAUGGACGAGAUCAAUCGAUUCGACUGCUUCCCACAAGGCAAUGCCAAUGAGAAGGAUUGUAAUAAACGAGGUUGUUGCUGGAAAUCCACAGAAACCCACGGUGUCCCCUACUGCUUCUAUCCCUCACACUACGACUCGUUUCACUUCAUAAACAUGACGGAAGACAAACAUGGCAUGAAUGUUUACAUGGAGAAAGUUCGUCCAUCCGGAUAUCCUGGGGACUUUGAGGUGGCUCGGAUGGAUAUCAAAUAUUUGUCUGACGAUUGUUUACAGAUUAAGAUAUACGAUGCUGAACACAAAAGGUUCGAGCCUCCGCAGCCUGAGAUUGUGAUGGUACCAAAGCCUCUGUCCCGCACCAAAUAUAGGGUCCAAGUGGACAUGUCGUACGUCGGCUUCAAAAUCAUCAGGAAUUCUGACAAUGUUACCAUUAUAAAUACUCAAGACAUAGGCGGACUAAUACUCUCAGAUAAGUUCUUACAAAUAUCAGCGGUGCUGUCGUCGAGUCACAUUUUCGGUUUGGGUGAGAAGCGAGCGCGUUUCAUGAACAACGUCAACUGGAACACCUUCGCUCUGUUCAAUAGAGACAGAGCUCCCACUGAAGAUGUCAACCUGUACGGCACUCAUCCCUUCUACCUGGCUGUGGAGCAUGACGGCAAAAGUCAUGGGAUGUUGCUGAUCAAUUCUAACGCUAUGGAUAUUGUCCUGCAGCCGACUCCAGGUAUCACAUACCGAACCAUCGGCGGCAUACUGAAUCUGUUCGUGUUCAUGGGCCCCUCUCCUAAGGAGGUGGUGGCGCAGUACACGGAGCUGGUGGGGCGGCCAUUCAUGCCACCCUAUUGGUCGCUUGGCUUCCAUCUUAGCAGGUUUAACUAUGGCUCAGUGAACGAAACGCGACGCGUGUGGAAAGCUAACAGAGAUGCUGGUAUACCUUUCGACGUGCAAUGGAACGACAUAGAUUACAUGAGCGACCACAACGAUUUCACAUAUGACAAAGUGAAUUUUGCCGGUUUACCCGAAUUUGUUAAAGAAGUACACAAUGAGGGAAUGCACUAUGUUAUUAUUAUUGAUCCAGGUAUAGGAGAGUCCUUAACGCCAAACACAUAUCCCCCCUAUGAUCGUGGGGUAGAAAUGGACAUAUUUGUCAAGAAUGCCACCAACCAGAUAUUCGUUGGCCAGGUGUGGAAUAAAGGUCAUACAGUAUUCCCAGAUUUUACUCACCCAAACGCUACCAGCUACUGGGUGGAGAUGAUGACCGAAUUUCAUAAGCAAGUGCCGUAUGAUGGCGCUUGGAUUGACAUGAACGAGCCGUCGAACUUCGUGGAGGCGCCGGUGGGGGGCGCGUGCGCUGCGGAGGCGGUGCCGUACCGCCCGCGCACCUCCGACCCGCACCUGCACACGCACACGCUGUGCAUGGACGCCAAGCACUUCCUGGCCGACCACUACGACCUGCACAACCUCUACGCCACGGCCGAGGCCAUCGCCACACACUUUGCUUUGGCGGAGAUCCGCGGCAAGCGUCCGUUCAUAAUCUCCCGCGCGACGUUCGUGGGCUUCGGGCGCUACGGCGGCCACUGGAGCGGGGACAUCGCCAGCGACUGGCACGACAUGCGCAUGACCCUACCUGAGCUGUUGAGCUUCAGUUUAUUCGGAAUUCCGAUGAUGGGCGCGGACAUCUGUGGGUUCAACCGCGAUACCACUGAGGAGCUGUGCAAACGAUGGAUGCAGCUCGGAGCUUUCUACCCCUUCUCCAGGAAUCAUAAUACUAAUGAUGCUAAGCCCCAGGACCCUGUGUCGCUGGGCCCGGCGGUGGCGGGCGCGAGCCGGGCGGCGCUGCGGCUGCGCUACGAGCUGCUGCCCUACUACUACACGCUGUUCUGGCGCGCGCACGUGCAAGGGGACACCGUCGUCAGGCCGCUCUUCUUCGAAGCCCCAGAGCAGAAUAAUCUACACGAUAUAGACGACCAAUUCAUGGUGGGCCCGUACGUGAUGAUAACGCCUAUCCUGGCUCAGGGCGCCACGACAGCACGCGGCGUGUUCCCACCACCCCAGUGCUGGUACAACAUCCUCGACGGACAAUUUCUAGCCGUCGACAAGAGUAUGGAGGUUACCGAGAACGAGACCGUUUCUGUCAAGGGCGGAGGAAUAAUUCCUCUGCAGGCUCCUCCUCCCCAAGGUCCAGUGACAACCACAAUCACUCGCAGUGCGCCCCUGCAGCUUAUGGUGGUGCCGGACAUCAGACACCAAGCAGAAGGGGAACUGUACUGGGAUGAUGGAGACAGUAUGAAUAGUUACCAAGAGAAGAAGUACAGCCAUAUAGAAUUCUUGCUCAAUGGAACAGAACUAGAAUCCAGCGUUCAAUGGUGGGGGUACGGCGUUCCUUCUCUGAACAAAAUCACCAUUCUAAGUCAGCCUGCUAUAAAAUCGGUCAUGGUGAACGACCAACCUUGUGUCAAACCCUGUGCGUUCACGUAUCAGAACCAAACUAGGCUACUAACAAUCACUGUAAACCUUUCCCUGGAUAAACCUUUUAAAGUUAGGUGGACUUACAAACCGAAACCGAAUAGCAGCUGGCGGAAUUGGAUGCCUGGUCAAAAGAAAAUCCUGCAUAUGCAUUGGUAG